UUCUUAUGUUUGAUGUAUUUCUUUUUGGUUCACUUGUUAUGAGUAGUGCUUCAGAUUUUUCCACCUAGAUGAAUAAUGUUGAGUUAGUACAUCAACUAAACUUCUUCAACAUGUAUUAUUGUUCACACACAUAGUUGUGAAAUUGAAAAUUGUAUCAUGAAUUGAAAUCCUAAUUUGGUGAAUCGUAAAUUGAAUUGAAUCAAGAAUGGUUAAGAUUAAGUGCAAAAUAUAGAAAAUGAUGUAACCAAUCGUAUGUAUAUAUAAUAACAUUAUAAAAUUGGACACAUGUUAUUAAUGAAGCUAGCUUAAAGAUAGUUCUCAAGUUUGGGUUGUCUGCUGAGUGAACAAACCAACUUAUGAGCUGACCAAAAGCAUUUGUUCGGUUAAUUUGCAGCCUUAGUUGAAAGUAGUCCAAAAUAUGGACUUUGGUGAAAUCUGUUCUGACACAAAAUCUCAUACCACCCCAAAAGCCAUGAAAUGUUUGGAUGCACCAUUAAAUUCUUGAACUAUUGCUGUGUUAUCAAAUUUUUAUAUGGUAAUUCUAAUUCAUAUUGAAUAAAUUUUGUUGUUAUUUGUUUGUAAUGCAGUUUUACUGUAGAGGCUGAUGGGCCUAUAAAGGAUAUGACAUUAAUCACAAAUUAUACUGGUGAUGUGGAUUACAUUACAAAUCGGGAACAUGAUGAUUGUGAUAGUAUGAUGACCCUUCUUCUAGCAAAGGACUCAUCUAACAGCCUUCUUAUCUGUCCUGAUAAACGUGGAAACAUUGCUCGCUUUAUUAAUGGCAUUAACAAUCAUACUCCGGAGGGUAGGAAGAAGCAGAAUCUUAAAUGCGUGAGGUACAGUGUAAAUGGUGAAUGUCAGGUCCUUUUGGUUGCUACUCGUGAUAUUGCCAAGGGGGAGAGGCUAUAUUAUGACUAUAAUGGAUAUGAGCAUGAAUACCCAACCCAUCUUUUUGUCUAAGAUCCACAUAGAUAUUCGUCUAACGAGCUUGCGUAACUGUCAUGCAAUUCCAGAUUCUGAUAGAUCCUUCUGAUGUAUACACAUUUUUUUUCUUUUGUUUUUUUUUCUUUUUUGUCGCAGCUUACACAUUUUUGUUGCAGAGUGUCCACAUUUUUUCCCAGUUUUCUAAUUGUAUCCUCAGCCCAUCAAUUGUAAUUUAUCAUGUAGUGCUAGCCAAGUAUGUGCUGUGAGAGAAAUAGUGCAGGCGAGGGAACUUUCUUUGGAAUUUAACAUAUGAAGGGUUUUAAAUAAUUACAAAUUUGAGUUACAUGGCAUUGUCUUUAUGUACUACAGUUUCAAUGAAAUGCAUUACUUUUAUCUAUGGUUUC